AUGCAAAUACUCACCUUCUCAUGCCAUUGUGGUUUCAUGCAAUGCGAAACAGCACAAUCUCCCGAAUCUCUUCAAAACCUCCAAGUUCUCGAUUGUAAUUGUUCCAUAUGCAAAAAGAAAGGUUUCCUCCAUCACAUUGUAAGUGAGAGUAAUUUUGUAUUGAAAAGUCCUUCAUCAUUGAGUGAUUUAGGUUGCUACACCUUCCAGACACAUGUGGCAAAGCACUACUUUUGUCCAAAGUGUGGAAUUUGUACCUUCUACAAGCCGAGAAGUAAUCCCGAUGGUUGGAGUGUCAAUAUGAGAUGUAUUGUGGAUGAAUGCAAGGUGGAUUAUCAGGUGGAAAAGUUUGAUGGUGAAAAUUGGGAGGAAAAUGCAGCUGCUAUCAAACAUUUAUCGGAAUAAUUAUUUUCAUUAUUAAAUUUAAUAUUCGUUAUUGAAUUAAUUUUAUUAAAUUAUUUAAUUUUUAAUAA